AUGACAGACAAUUUGCGUUUCGCCAAGGAAGAGGUACUGGUAUCUACUUUGGUUCACUGGCAGAAACAAUCGCUCAAGCCCGGGGCCGAGGGACAACAUUUAGACAUUGCAGCAAUUGACCUGGCUAAAGCAUACAAUACUGUAUGGCGAAACGGCGUCCUCGAACAACUUCGUGACUGGAGAAUUCAAGGAAGUUUAGGUAUUUACAUCCAACAGUUUCUAACCAACCGACGAUUCAGAGUUGCCAUCGGUGGUACGUUUUCCAAUUUCUUCUCCGAAGACAACGGAGUUCCCCAGGGCUCAGUUUUGUCGGUAACGCUCUUCCUCAUUGCAAUGAACUCCAUUUACCGAUAUCUGCCAAAAGGGAUACAUAUCUUCGUAUAUGCCGAUGAUAUCCUAUUAGUGGUAACCGGUCUCCACCCUAAACGGGUUCGGCGAAAAUUGCAAGCCGCAGUUAAUGCAAUCGGUCGCUGGGCCGAGCAGAAUGGAUUCAACGUAUCGACGAGUAAAAGCGAAAUUACACAUCUCUGUGGGACACAUCAUCGUGCCACUGACCGACCGGUCACACUAAAUGGUUAUACGCUACGCUACCGAAAGGAACCUGUCAUACUAGGUGUUUCAAUCGACCGUACUGGCACUUUCGGACCACACUUUCGCAGGGUUAAGAAUGACUGCAAAAGUCGUCGCAGAUUGGUUCGUGCGAUAAGUAACCGACACCGCAGGACUAAUCGACACACAAUCCUUAAUAUAAGUCAGAGCUUAAUAACCAGCAAAAUUCUUUACGGAAUCGAGCUCACAAGGUCUUCCUCCGACUUGCUUGUACGCACGCUUGCUCCGGUAUACAACGGAUCCAUCCGUUCCGCUUCUAGUCUCCUACCCAGUUCACCUACGGAAGCUUCGUGCGUCGAAUCUGGCCUGCUUCCAUUCCCCUGGUUCGUAGCCUCCAGCAUCAUCAAACGUGCUGUUGCGUUCGUAGAGAAAACCACUGGAAACGAUUGUUGCUUGUUGAACACUGCCAGGAACGUUUACAAUCAGUUCACCGGAGAAGACUUACCAGAAAUCGCCAAUGUGCCUCGAGUUUUCCGUCGAAGCUGGUACGAUCGAGGUCCAAACAUCAACCUUUCCUUGACUAAAAAGAUCAAGGCUGGAGAUCCACCUGGCGUAAUUCUUGCGCAGUUCAACAAACUAGCUAGCAAAUACGGCAACCAUCUUAAACUGUACACCGACGGAUCCAAAUUGGACGAUCAAGUCGGCUUCGGAGUACAUGGUCUUGAUAUUUACCUCGCCCGCAAACUUCCAGCGAGCUGCUCAGUUUUUUCAGCUGAGGCAGCCGCUAUCUUGUUAGCUACUCUCAAGAAGCCCCCUGAUAUUCCAGUAGUCAUCUUUUCUGACUCGCUUUCAGUGCUCAACGCACUUGACAAAGGGAUAUCCCGUCAUCCCUUCGUCCAGGCAAUUGAAGACGCCUUGGAUCCUCUAACCACGUUAUGUUGGAUCCCCUGA